AUGCAGCUGGGCUGUGUGAGGUGGUUGAUCCUGGCCACCAUCUGUGCCAACUGUAUUGUCCUGGCUCUGGAGCAACAUCUGCCUGAUGGAGACAAGACUCCUCUGUCUGAACGCCUGGAUGACACUGAGCCCUACUUCAUAGGGAUCUUCUGUUUUGAGUCAGGCAUUAAGAUCCUGGCUCUAGGAUUUGCCUUCCAUAAGAACUCCUACAUAAGGAACGGAUGGAAUGCCAUGGACUUCGUAGUAGUAUGCACAGGGAUCCUGUCUACAGUGGGAUCGGACUUCGAUUUGCGGACUCUGAGAGCGGUCCGUGUACUGAGACCCCUCAAACUGGUGUCUGGGAUACCCAGCCUCCAGGUGGUCCUCAAGUCCAUCAUGAAGGCUAUGAUUCCACUGCUGCAGAUCGGCCUGUUGCUAUUCUUCGCCAUCCUCAUGUUCGCUAUCAUCGGCCUGGAGUUCUACAUGGGCAAAUUCCAUACUACCUGCUUCGACAUUCACACAGAUGAGAUUCGUGAGGAAGUUCCAUGUGGGACCGAAGCCCCGUCGAGACUAUGUCCAAACGGGACCACGUGUCGAAAGUAUUGGCUGGGUCCUAACUACGGCAUCACCCAGUUUGACAACAUCCUGUUUGCCGUGCUCACUGUCUUCCAAUGUAUUACCAUGGAGGGAUGGACUGACCUACUCUACUAUAGCAACGAUGCCUCAGGGAGCACGUGGAACUGGAUGUACUUCAUUCCCCUCAUCAUCAUCGGCUCUUUCUUCAUGUUGAACCUGGUCCUGGGUGUACUGUCUGGGGAGUUUGCCAAAGAGAGAGAGCGAGUGGAGAACAGGAGUGAGUUUCUAAAGCUGAGGAGACAGCAGCAGAUAGAGAGAGAGCUCAAUGGAUACCUGGAAUGGAUUUGUAAAGCAGGCACCCGCAGGAGACCCACCAUCAAAAACCACAAGAACAAAACAGAUCUCCUUAACCCAGAGGAUGGGAAUGGAGACCUGGCAGUGGGUUCUCCAUUUGCGCGGGCCAGUCUGAAGAGUUCAAAGCUGGAGGGCUCUAACUUCCAUAAGAGGGAGCGUCGUCUGCGUUUCUUCAUCCGACGCAUUGUGAAGACCCCGUAUUUCUACUGGAGUGUACUGUGUCUGGUGGGACUUAACACCAUGUGUGUGGCUGUAGUACACUACGACCAGCCUGAACCACUCUCAGACUUCCUCUACUUUGCAGAGUUCGUCUUCUUGAGUAUCUUCAUUUCUGAGAUGGGUAUAAAGAUUUAUGGACUGGGGUCACAGCCUUACUUUCACUCCUCCUUUAACUGCUUUGAUUGCAUUGUAAUAUGUGGCAGCAUAUUCGAGGUGCUGUGGGGUUUUAUCCAGCCUGGGACAUCCUUUGGUAUCAGUGUAUUACGAGCUCUAAGGUUACUGAGAAUCUUCAAAGUCACCAAGUACUGGGCAUCUUUGAGGAACCUGGUUGUAUCUCUGCUCAACUCCAUGAAAUCCAUUAUAAGCCUGCUCUUCCUCCUCUUCCUCUUUAUCGUCGUCUUCGCUCUGUUGGGCAUGCAACUCUUCGGAGGACAGUUUAAUUUUGAAUCUGGCACUCCCUCGACCAACUUUGAUACUUUCCCUGCAGCAAUAAUGACUGUGUUCCAGAUCCUGACCGGAGAAGACUGGAACAUGGUCAUGUAUGAUGGAAUAGAAUCUCAGGGAGGAGUCAACAACGGGAUGGUCUUCUCAGUCUUCUUCAUCGUGCUCACACUUUUCGGCAACUACACUCUGCUGAAUGUGUUCUUGGCCAUUGCUGUGGACAAUCUGGCCAACGCACAGGAACUCACUAAGGACGAGCAGGAAGAGGAAGCCGCUUCCAAGAAAAAUGCUUUGCAAAAAGCCAAGGAGGUGGCCGAAGUCAGCCCUCAGUCUGCAGCCAACCUGUCCAUAGCGGCUAAGGAGCAGCAGAAGAACAAUAAGGGUGGUAAUAAGUCCGUGUGGGAACAGAGGACCAAGGAGCUGAGGAAACAGACUCUAAUGACCAGCAGAGAGGCCCUCUACAACGAACUGGACCCAGAGGACCGCUGGAAGAGAGGGGGGUAA